AUGCUCGCUGCACCACCCUCGACGUCCCCUUCGCAGCCAGGGGAUGCGCACACUUGCCCUUCAACGAGGCAACCGCAACCACCCCUCAAGCGCGCACACACCACCACGACCCCCACCGAGCAAACCACCACCACCACCACCCCUUCACCUCCCACCAAACGUCCCAAACUCGCCGCCCCAUCCUCAGCAACAGCGAACCCGCUCGAGCUCAAGCCCCUGGGCAACCUCAUAUUCCGGCCCUCGGCACACCUGACUCGUACACAAGGCUUGGGCACACUUUCGACCCUCCCCGAUGAGCUGUUGUUGAGCCAUAUCUUUUCUGCGCUUGAUGGGGAAGAUUUGGUCAGGGCGCAGGGGGUUAGCAAGGCCUUUUUGGGGUGGACGAGGGUGGAAGGAAUUUGGAAGGGGUUGUAUAUCGAGGUCAGUUGGGGAAGCAAAGAGGUUGCGAGCGCAAGUGCAGCACCGCUCACUUUGAUUUCUGACACCACAGAGAACACGAGGUCGGCUCCACCGCUGGCAUGGAUCCUGGCGGGCGUCCUACGUGCGGACCUUCCUUCUUCCUCCGAGCGAAUCCUCCGACGGGGAUGAACCCCUCCCCACCUCCCUCAUCACGACCCCUUCCCACCACUCGGACGUCCUCUUCCAGCCGUGCCUUUGCGCCGCUUUCGACCCCUGUCGUCUCUUUCGAUCCAACACCUUCGUCUCCAACAUCCCUCGCAUCUCGGGAAAGAACCUCCUCCCUUCCGACCUCCCUCAAGAACCUUGCAUCCUCACAGAUCUGAUGACCACCUGGUCCGCGAUCGACCCUACCUCCACUCAUCAAUGGACCUUACCCCGUUUAGCCCAACGAUUCCCCAAGACUCUCUUUCGAGCCGAAGCGACCCUCACGACCCUCCCUUCCUAUAAAACCUACCAUGACCGCUGCGAACUGGACGAAAGUCCUCUUUACCUCUUUGAUUCCGAGUACGUCAACAAGACCCGAUUCCUGGAUGCGGAAGGGAAGGAUCUAGGUCUAGGAGGGGAUCAUGAAGUACCCCUUUGUUUUGGGGAGGAUCUGUUCGGGGUGAUGGAGGGGGAACGACCGGAUUAUAGGUGGUUGAUUGUAGGACCGACGAGGUCCGGUUCGGUGAGUCGGAGCCGGACUCAAGGUGGCUUCGGACUCUUCGCAACUGAUCGCUGACCUUCUCGUUCCUUUUUCCACAAGACAUGGCAUCAAGACCCUAAUGGUACCUCCGCCUGGAACGCCGUCACCACCGGCUCUAAAGCUUGGAUCAUGUUCCCUCCUUCCCUCACGCCUCCCGGAGUUUAUGUUUCGGAAGAUCAAGGACAAGUGGAAGCGCCUUUGGCGUUGUCCGAAUGGUUCAUGAGUUAUUGGGAUUAUGCGCUGGGGACUUAUGGACCGCAGGGGAAGGAUGCGGCGCUGAGGGAUAGGAUGAAGGUCGGGAUUUGUAGAGAGGGGGAAGUGUUUUAUGUGCCUAGUGGGUGGUGGCAUAGUGAGCUCAAACCCACUCCCGACGAUUCGGCCCAACAAACUGAUGAGACCGGAUAAUACUCCUUUCUGAAGUCGUCGUCAACCUCGAACCCUCGAUCGCGGUCACGCAAAACUACGUCUCGCAACGCGAACUCGCUUCCGUCCUGCGCUUCAUGCGCGAUAGACCCGACCAAGUCUCGGGCUUCAAACGACCGCGAACCGAGCAAGAUCAGACUCGAGAAGUUGUCGAGGAAGAGGAUUGUGAUGAGAUCGUUUCGGAUGUAUUCGAACGAUUCGUGCAGGGUUUGAGGAAGGAACAUGGGGAGAUGGUCGAGAAGGCUUUGGAGGAGAUUGGAGGGAUGAAGAAAGCCGUCUCGUCGGGAUCGGGGAGCAAGGAAGAGAACGGGGUGCACGGCGAGAAGAGCAGGACGAAGGGCAUGUGGGAGAAGGUGAAGGAGGAUCAGGAAGACGAAGGCGGGUUCUCGUUUGGGUUUGGUGGAAAGGAGUUUGAGGAGGACGAGGAGGGCGGUUGGAGGUCUUAG